AAUAAAUAGUAGCUCUUUUACUGAGACCAAGGUGGCAACGUCUUUUAAAGAGAGAGAUAAAAUUAAGUUUGUUGUUGUCUUUUCGGGCAUAAAAACAAUAAUUUUCAGCAAAUUGCAAUUAUGGAUUUGCAACAAUUGGAGGAGGAGGCGCGUCAGGCAGCACUGAAGGACAUACAGAAUAUGCUGCAGCGUCCCGGGCAGUUGGAGAAGGUGGAGCAGUAUCGUCAUCGCAUUGCCAGGAAGAAAGCUUCAGUGGAGGCGUUGCUCAAAACGGGAAUGCAAAAUCAGCUGGAGGGAGUGCGAGUGGGACUGAAACAGCUGGAGACCUGUAUGCAGGAUGUGCGAGAGGUACGACGACGCAUGGAUGAGGUGGAGCGACUGCUGGAGGGUGUGCCCGACGUAUACGAUGCCCUGGAAGUGGUGCGCGAGGAGAACACAAAGCAUUCACAGUAUGCCACCGCUAUGGAGAACCUCAAGCACAUCUUCAAUGUCGAUGUCAGUGUGCAAAAGACAAUGGCUUUAAUCGAUGAGGAUAAAUUACUGAAUGCCCAUCAAUGUUUAUCCGAAUUGGAAAACUCCCGCGAUGACUUAUUGUAUGAACUGCAUAAACAACCGAAACAACAUGCAUCCGAUAAGAUUACACUCAAGCGUCACUUCGAGAAGGUGGACACUGUCUCGCAGGCUCUGGAGAAGAAGAUUCGGCUCAUUCUCAGUCGCACUCUGAACACGGUGCGCAAGAAACCAACUGUGAUUGUCACCGCACUGCGGAUCAUUGAGCGGGAGGAGAAGAACGAUCAGUUUGCUGUCCAACAGCAAAAGGUAACGGGUUUCCUGCCUCCGGGACGACCGAAGGCGUGGCGUAAGAUGAUCAUGGAUGUGCUCCAAGCAGCCGUGGGAACACGCAUCGAAGGCUCCAAGUUGGAGGAACGUGCGGAUAAUAAAAUGUGGCUGGUUCGUGAUUUGGAAAUACUGCGUCAGAUCAUCCUCGAGGAUCUGCGUGUGGUGAAGUCCUUAUGUGUGCCCUGUUUUCCGCCACACUAUGACAUAUUUAACGAGUACGUCAAGUUCUAUCACGAGGGAUUAUCCAGUUAUUUGGACAACAUUGUGCGGUCGGGAUUGGAGGGCAAUGAGUAUGUAUCGAUGCUGGCCUGGGUAACACACACGUAUCCAGGUGGCGAGCUGAUGUCGCAUCCGGAGAUCAAUGUGGAGGUGCAUAAAUUGGCUGGUCCGCUCUUGAGGCAGGAGCAUUUGAAAUCUCUGGAGAAUGAAUAUCUGCAGAAUAUGCAGCGUAAUUAUCAGGAAUGGAUGACAAAGGCGGCACAGACAGAAAAACAGGAAUGGUUCUCGGAAAUGGUGCCCGAUCAGGAUGAGCAUUACUAUCACACCUCAGCGCCAGUGAUCAUAUUCCAAAUGAUUGAUCAGCAUUUACAGGUGACGAAUACCAUACACCAGGAGCUGACAUUCAAGGCGCUUGUGAUGAGCAUUCAACAGGUGGAGAUCUUUGGACAAACCUAUCUAAAGAAUGUCAUUGAGCUGAAGGAACAUCAUUUUCGUAAUCGUGAUCAGAUUAAAUACUUUACGCAUUAUAUUAUUACAAUUGUGAAUAAUAGUCAGCAGAUGGUGGAACUGGCACAGCAGAUGAAGCAACUCUAUUGGCCCAAGUCACGCACAGAACACUAUGAGGACUUCGAAAAGUUACUGGGCACCUUUCAAAGGAUUCGGGCGCAUGCUGCCAACUAUUUGCUGGAGGAAGCCUUCCUGGACAUGGAGUGUCAUUUCAAUGAUCUGUUUACGGUCAAAUGGCUUGGCAGCACAAUUGCUGUGGAUACAAUUUGUGUGACAUUGGAUGAUUACUUUCAGGAUUACAAUCAUCUGCGUCCGGCCAACUUUGAGAUGGUCAUCAAUGAGGCACAAAAGCUUCUGGCCAAGCGGUAUAUAAGAGCACUGCUCUCCAAACGUCUUUCAAAGCCGAGAGUUGAAUGUGAUGCUAUAACGAGAAAGAUCAACCAGGAAGCAAAGCGUUUUAAGCUGUUCUUUGAGAAGAUUGCACCCAAAAUCUCGUUAAGUGACUCGCCAUUGGAUUUAAUAGCCACAUUGUCGGCAUUGCUCAUUUCUGAUAUUGAAUUGCUCAUCUUGGAUUUGCAUACGCUUCUAGGGAGUUAUCCUUCGCUUAGUGAGGAUCAUUUGGUGCGACUUUUCUAUAUACGCAAUGAUGUGAAGGCGGCGGAGGUGCGGGAAAAGGUUCAGGAUGCAAUGAAGUCGAAAAAAUCAAUGGUCAGCAUUGCCAAACAGGAUUGCAUCUUCAAGGAGAUUGUCUUUAGCGAUAAACUCUGGUAGAACAGCAAAAAUAAUAACAACAACAACAGCUUAAAUUACUACUACAACUACACUCACUUCCAGCAUAAAUAAACCAUUACUUUACUGACUA